AUGUAUUGUAAUGACCACGCAGUACCGAUAACCAAAGAACUUGGACCUUACUUAGGAAUUCAAAGUGAUAGUGGAAGUGGUGGGUUGACAGGAAAAGAAAUUUUAAAAUUAAUUUUCCAAAAUUUCAUGAAUUUAAAUUUAAGUUGUAAUACUCUAUUUAUGCAUCAAAUGUUAAAUAACCAACCAACUAACCAACAAGAACAAGAACAAGAACAAGAACAAGAACAAGAACAAGAACAAGAACAAGAACAAGAACAAGAACAAGAACAAGAACAAGAACAGGAAUAA